AUGAACCGCACGCUGUGGGGAGCGCUGCGGCCGCCGCUGCCAACGAACGCCUGGUGGGGCAACCUGGUGUACGAGGAGGGGAUGCAGACGCUGGCGCCGUUGCCCUACCUCAUGCGCGCGACCAACCGGGGCGUGGUGGUGUGCUACCCGUCGGCCAUCGCCGAGCACAACUUCGUGUCCAGCCACUUCCUGGAGGACAUCCAAAUGGAGAUAUUGGAAGAGGUGAUAGCGCGCAAUCUACUGCACUACGACCCCAUGACCGUCUCUAUGCGUUGGCAGACGGUGCUGCGCGAGGGAGCCAGCGGCACGAUGAAGGCCCAUGUGGCACGAGGCUCGCCCUACGCCACCUUUACCUUCAACAGCGUGACACCGACCAUCAAAAGCCGGUUCGCAUUCGUUAGCCCCCUACAGGUGGAGCAAACGGGCACCAAAUUCCGGCUGGAGCUGAACGACGGCCAGGUCUGGCUCAUCUACACCUCGGCGCCCCUCACCCUGGCCUUCGGCGACCACUCGAGCCCCAUCGUCGCCCGAUCGCCGUUCACCGGAUCCAUGCGAAUCGCGCGCCUCCUGAACGCCACCCAUGAGGCGGUCCUGGACGCUCACAGCGACGUAUACGCAAUCGGCAGCGACGUUCAAAUGGCUGGGCUCGACGAAGACUCGGCGGCACUUCGGUUCACCUUCGACACGGCUUCUAUGAGCGGGCGCGGGCGCGGGAGCCUGCUGACUUUGGCGUUACCUCACCAUGACGAUUUUCGAGUUACGGGGGAGGGCGUGGCGUUGGAUGGGGCGUACCGGUCGAUCAAGGGGCCCAUGAAGGGUGUGGUGGGGGACGUGUGGGACAUGCGUGUGGAGAUGCCGGAUAUCGGUUGGACCUCACCGCGGCCCAUAGAUGAAGACAAGGUUGAGGACAUUCGCGAAGCAGUGCACUCGGAUCAGUUCGUCUUGCCCGUCUCUGUGGACGUCUACCAGUUCGCUCGGCAGGUGGCGGGGCUGGGCCGCGUGGCGCUGAUCGCGGAUGAAGUGGGGGAGACGCAAAUCGCGGCAGACGUGCGUGAGCGCAUGAAGGAGGUGCUGGAGCCGUGGUACGUGGGCACAAAUGUGCACAAGCUUCUGUAUGACGUGGACUGGGGCGGAUUGGUGACGUGGCAGAGCCUGCAAGACCGCCAGCAAGACUUCGGCAGCGCCAUGUACAACGACCACCAUUACCAGUACGGGUACCUAACCUACGCGGCGGCCGUCAUCGCCAAGGAGGACAAGCGCUGGCUGGACUCCCACCGCCAGAAAGUCCUGGAGCUGGUCCGCGACUACGCUAACCCCAACCGCGCCGACCGCUACUAUCCCUUCGCCCGCCACUUCGACUUCUACCUGGCCCACAGCUGGGCGGGCGGCCUGUGGGUCUUCGACGCGGGGCGCAACCAGGAGUCCUCAUCCGAGGCCGUGAACGCCUACUACGCUCUAUACCUUUUGGGAUCCGCCAUGGAAGACAAGCAGCUAGGGGACUGGGGACGAAUACUCAUGUCCAUGGAGCUGGCGGCCGCCCAGAAAUACUGGCACAUCCCCAGCUCCUCCGCAAUCUAUCCUGCCCCCUUUUCGGCAACCAAGAUUGUGGGCAUUUUGUGGUCCACGCGGGUGGACUACUCCACGUGGUUCGGCCUCAAUGUGGAAUACAUACACUGCAUACAGUACUUACCGUUCACGCCGCUCACCGAGGUGUUGUUGGACGCGGGGUGGAUGGAAGAGGACUAUCCCGUGGUGGCCGCAGCGCUGGGCCGGCCGGACCCGCCGCUGUCCGAUUGGUGGCGCGGGUACAUCGUCAUGGCGCACGCCAUCAUAGACAGGGAGGCCGCCUGGAAAGAGGCAGCCACCCUGGAAAGCUUCGACCUGGGCAGCACGCGGGCCAACGUGCUGUACUGGAUCGCCACGCGGCCGAGCCAGGGGGCCCCGCCCGGGACCCCGAGCCCCGCACUAGCCGUGAGCGCGCCCCAAGGGCCCGUGGUUGGGCUUCAGGGGCCCGUGGGUGGUCGUCAAGAGCCCGUGGGUGGAUCUCAAGUGCCCGGGGGUGGGCCUCAAAGACCAUUGGUUGGGUCUCAAGGGGCCGUGAGAGGGCGGGGGGUGGUGGCGGGGGAGGAGAUGGCGGUGGAUGGCUGCAGGCAGUGCUCCUGCAAGUGCGACUGCAGCGAGGUGGGCGCGGGAGAGAGGGAGGAGGAGUGCAGGUGCGCGUGCCGGUGCAGGAGGGUCGAGGGAAGGUCGGACUACUGCUUGGCGAUCUAG